UAAAAGCGACUCAAAACGCCGAUUGGCAAGUGUUUUUCUGUUGCUCAUUAGAAAAAUUUGAUUUCAGUCUUAGAAAUGUUUUUUAUUGACCGAUUCCGCAUUUUGUUAACGUUUGUCCUCCAUGAGACACUGUAGACAACGAAGCCGAUUUCACUUCCUCAAAAUCUCCCUAAAUAAUCGAAGAUAACUCAAUAAAUCUGUAAUAUUUUUUGACGUUUUUGGUUGCGCAAUUUUACGUCUCACUAAGGUGUUUGGUGCAGUAUUUCUCAAGUAAAAAAAGCGCAAGGUGUUGUAGUAUGUAAACAAAGUCGGAGCUGCAGGGCAGUUCACCCCUUGUGACAAAUGGAUGUUCCAAACUCCGUUUUAGUCAAGACUGACUUUGCCACCAAAAUUAUCAUAUUUACACUGUGUAGUCAAUUUUGACACUAGAAUAACUGUUUCUGAUUUAUAUAGAUGCCACAUACGCCGUUUUUCAAAGGGAUCCGUUGCUUUUUAAAGGCAGUCGCUCUAUAAGAUAAUAUAGUAGCAUCCCACUGGGCACAGAUGUCGGUUCAACGUAAUUCCAUUGAAAUUACGUGGAAACCACGUUGAUUCAUCCAAUGUGUGCCCAGUCUGGUAGGGAGCGAACACUUGGUAGGGAACACUUGUGUUUGACCCGUCCCAAAAUGGACCUGGGGCUUUCCCACCUGGAUCCAUAUUUAUACAUAUAUAUUUUUUAAAUAAUACAUGUUUUAAAACCCGUUCCAAACGGACCCAAGGACAACUAACCCCAUUCGGAACUGCUCGGAUUCUGACCCGGUCCAAUCUGAGUGAGGGAAGCAGCCGAUAUGUAUUGGUCCCGGAUCUGGUAUUCAGGUAGAGGUGGAUCUGUGAAGACCUCUAGCUCACACUCCAGUACAGUAGGUGGUGAUGUAUAUAGAAACAUACACUACUGUUCAAAAGUUUGGGAUCACUUAGAAAUGUCCUUGUUUUUGAAAGAAAAGCUAUUUUUUUUGUCCAUUAAAAUAAAUCAAAUUGAUCAGAAAUACAGUGUAGACAUUGAAAAUGUUAUGAAUUACUAUUGUAGCUGGAAACGGCAGAUUGUUAAUGGAAUAUCUACAUAGGCAUACAGAGGCCCUUAUCAGCAACCAUCACUCCUGUGUUCCAAUAGCAUGCUGUGUUAGCUAAUCCAAGUUGAUUCUUUUUUUAAAGGCUAAAGGAUCAGAUGGGGUCAAGUAGCGAGUGGAAUGGUGAUGAGGUUUUUUAAUGGGUGUUGGAUUAGUAUGGCAAUUUUUCAACGAUGUGUAAUGAACUCGCACUCCAAAACAGUAGUUGGAAACACGGAGCUAGAUAAGAGGAAUACAUGAAUAGAGGAGACCGUGACCAACGGACGUAAUAUUUUGGGGAGAGCUUUUGCAGAGAUGGGGAUGAUGGUUGGAAGAGCGCACUUGUUUGAAAUUGAAAAGCGUUUCGGUAGAUUUUGAUGAAGAAUAACAUCAAGACGAAGCAGCUGCUUUAUAAGUGGGAUGCACUGUUGAGCGCUGAUUGUACGGAGAUUGUGACAGCCGGUUUUAUGACGUCCCUUUAGAAAGCUAGAACAAGAUGUAUGUCAGGAGCAGUGCAGUAUUAUCACAAGGAGACGUUUACUUGCAACAUGGAGGAGGAAUGGAGGGGAAAAAGAGAGGCAGAGGAGGUCUGAGAGAGGAAGGAAGAUGGUGAGCUUGAGUCGGUUAAAAAUGGCGGGAAAAAGGGAGAUGGUUUGUUCAAGAAGAAUGGAAGAAAGUGUAAGCAGAGUGAGCUGAAGAGAAUGCGGGUUGAGUAUCUGAGGUGGUAGGUGUGGUGAAGUUCUCGGAGUCUGUGGCUUGCACACAGGGUCAGGAUAAAGAUGAGUCUGACAGUAGGAGUGAAGUUUUUGGAAAAAGUGGACCCUUGCCUUUUGGCUGAUCAAUUUGUGGGUUCAGGGUGAGUGAAAACAGAGUUGGGUACUGUGGAAUCACUGAGGGUAACCAGAUGUGGUCUUGUGAUAAUUGUUUGUGUUUCUACUGGUCAGAGGGAGAAGGCGCUUGGAUUUAAAUGAAUUGGGGCAAGAAAUGUGAAUUUUUUCACUCAAGAAAAAGGUGCCAAUGAAAGGAGUGAUUACUGGGGUAGUAGUAACUGUAAAAGUUGACCAACUGAAGGGGAAGAUAACCGGUGUUUGUGAUGCUCGUCGUUUGGUGCGACGCAGACAGGGUGGUGAGAGUGGGGAAACAGAAGAGUUAUUUUAUUGUGUGUUUGAAGUUGAGUCUUUGCCCGACAAAGUGAUGUUAGGAUAUAUAAGUUAUCCUGUAUGAGCUUUUGUGCCAAAUACAUUACGUUGUUACAUGUGUCAAGCUUAUGGGCAUGUGGCAGGAGUGUGUAGGAGGGAGGUUCCUAAGUGUGAGAAGUGUGCUGAAGGGCAUGUGACAAAGGAAUGUGUAGCAUUGGGGAAAGUAGUGGUAUGUGUUAAUUGUAGGGUUGCCCAUGGGGCUGGAGAUCAGAAAUGUCCCAUGCGAGAGACUCAGGUUGAGGUUUCCAGGGUUACAGUAGUGCAGAAGUUGUCAUAUGCUGAGGCAGUGAAGAAAAUAGAGGAAGGUAGGUCAAAGGGGAGGGAUCCUGAGAGGAGUGGCGAGAGUAGUAGAUCUGUACCAGUACAGAGGGGUAGGCCAAUAAGGGAUAUAUGUUUCAGUAAGAUUAGAUUUUUUAGCAAAGGUUAUCAACUGUACAGCAGGGAUGGAACAUAAAUCACAGAAAAUUGAGGUUGUGGUGGCAGCUGCAGAGAGGUAUUUGGGUGUGCGACUUGACAUCAGAAGAGUUUUUGGGUGUGUUGAGUGGUGAUGUUCCAUCCUUUCAGAUUGUUGGCAUGAGGUAGGACUAAUUAGAUUUAAGUGGAGUAGAGUGGUGUUUAUUAUUAUUAUUUGUGAUUUUAGUGUUUGAUGGUGGGGUAUUUGUAAAAACAAUUUCAAGCAAAGUAUAAUGGAGUUGUACUCCAGUCUAGUAGGUUACAGUAACACAACAUAUUGAGAGCCAACCGCCGUUAAAUCUCGUCGAAGGGGAGGCCGUGAAUGGCCCACACUCCAGUACAGUAGGUGGCGUUGUAUGCACCUCACGGUUGCGAUCCGCCAAUAAUUUAUCUUCUGUGCGUAAACGGAAGUGAGCGGUGACCAAGAAUAAUUUCCACGUUACCAUUUUUGUUGUUAUUUAGACGUUUAUUAACACUCUGGGACUCAAAAUAUGAUACAUUUAACUGUACAGCAUCACACGUUUACCUCGGGUAGUCUUUAAUUCACGUUGGAGACAGGACUUGGUUGAUCUACGUUGUCUAGGUAACGUUAUCUAGAUGCUAAUGUUAGCUAACAAUGGCUACCUGUAUGAUUUUUCACACUCAAAUAGCCUCCAUCAUGGAGGUGCUAGCGAAUGCAGCCGUGGCAGAUAUCUGUAAACUCGUAGACGACGACUAUGCAGUGUUUCGUUUGGAAAUAACUCAAAGCCAGAAAGAAAACAGGGCAUUGCGGAGGAAACUUCAACUGCUGGAACUGAAGGUGGCACGGGAGCGCGUCCUCGCCAGUCGUCCAAGUAGUGUCAAGAUCCUCGACAGACACAGAGGAAUGGCAAGAGGUGAAGGACAUCAAACUGGAGGCCACAGGAGCUUUGUGAAGCCAGCAGGACGCAAUACAUGGAGAGAUGACCAACCAAUCACUGUUGAUGAGGGGAGUGGAACCUCAACCCAGCACGUUAUUGUGAUAGAGUCUGUAGAUGCAGAGGCUGCAGGGCCUGGGGUCAAGCUGGAGAGGUCUGAAGGAGAGGAACCAGGUCAAAGCAGAGACAUCCAGACUGGAGUGCUCCCUGUAGCCACAGAGGACCCCACCACCAUGCCGCCCAGAACCCGACGCAGCAUCACAGCGGUCAAUGGAACGCCGACCGCUGUCCUCAAGUCCGAGACAGACACUGAGACCAUAACUGUAACACAAAGGCUUUCACAAACAGGAUCUGACCACAGAUCAGAUCCAGAGAGACUGGGGAUGGGGCCACUGGGCUGUCCUCCUGCCCCUGGCUCAGAGUACUUACCAGUAUUUCACCAGAGCCAGAAGACUGUUAAUUCCUGUGGAAAUACUGAUGGUGAUGCGUUAGACACUGGCGGUGAUGAUCUGUCUUGUUUUUACACGACAGAGAUGGACCCUGCCAACAUAUCCUUGGGUUUAGAGACACAGACUGAUCUUUCUAGAGGGGACUGGAACCGAUACAGUAGUAGUGUAUACUCUGAAGGGUGCCUAGAUAAGAAAGGGGAGGUUAUAGCGGUAGAUGAGGUGAAAGUGGAGGGCGAUGCUCCUCUUACAUGGAAUGCAGAUGAGACUCACUUAGGAGAAGGACACUCACAAGGCAGAGAUUUCUUAGAUUACAGGGAAAGCUUAGAGACAAAUCCAAAUGUCUCGAGCAACUCCCCUUUACACACGCUCAGUGAUCGUGCCCCAGUGUCCACGUCGAAGGGGCCUUCCGAUUCACACGGCAUCCUUUUCGAUCAGGUAUUGAACUCAAACAACAGGGCUACAGCCCAGGCUCACGGAAGGGGAGCAACAUCAGGCAGUAGUAAAGAGAAACGAUUCCUCUGCAUGUUCUGUAACAAAGGUUUCAGCUGCCUCCAGAAGGUGGAGAUCCACCAGAGGGUCCACACAGGUGUGAAACCCUUCAGCUGUACCCAAUGUGAUAUGCGCUUUGCUGAGGCUGGCAGCCUGAAGAGGCACCAGAGGGUCCACACAGGGGAGAAACCCUACAGCUGUACCCAGUGUCACAUGCGCUUCACCCAGGCUGGCAGCCUGAAGAGGCACCUGAAGGUCCACAUGGGAGAAAGGCUGUUCGCCUGAGGUUCUCAGAGAGGAGCUACCUCAGGAUACCCUAGCAGAAAAACUAUUCCACUUCCAUAGCUUAUUACGUUUAGAUCAAACCCUGCAUUAAAGACAAAGAUUAAUUUUCAUUGUAGUGAGCAGAAAAGAUCCACAGAUGCAUUUCGAAUAACGAGAGUAAAAGAUUUCAUUGUUGAAUAUUGUAUCCAGACAUUGUGUGAUAUACACUUGAGUGUACAAAACAUCAAGAACACAUUGCUAUUAUCGAGUUGCACCCCCCCUUUUGCCCUCAAAACAACCUCAAUUAGUCGGACAUGGACUCGAAAGCGUUCUACAGGGAUGCUGGCCCAUGCUGACUCUAAUGCUUCCGACAGUUAUCAAGUUGGAUGUAUGUCCUUUAGGUGGUGGACCAUAAUUGAUACACACACGGAUAACUGUUGAGCGUGGAAAACGCAGCAGCGUUGCAAUUCUUGACACAAACCGGUGCGCCUGGCACCUACGACCAUACCUCCUUCAAUGGCACUUACAUAUUUUGUCUUUCUCAUUCACCCUCUGAAUGGCACACAUACACAAUCCAUUUCUCAAUUGUCUCCAGGCUUAAAAAUCCUUCUUUAACCUGUCUCCUCCCCUUCAUAUACACUGAUUGAAGUGGAUUUAACAGCUAACAUCAAUAAGACAUAGCUUUCACUUGGUCACUUUGUCAUGGAAUGAGCAGGUGUUCUUAAUGUUUUGUAUACUCAGUGUAUAAAGAACAUAAGCCUAAAAAGUCUACUUAUUGUAUGUGUACUGUGUAGGCUAAAUGAUGUUCACAUAUGCCUAUUACAUUACAUCCAUUGAACUGCUUUCCCAAGACACUUUUAAUUAAUACAAUUUAUCAAGUUCAUGCAGAUUUUUAGUUGAGACCUGUAUAUGUGGUUUUCAUAUGGUGUAUUUAACACUUAUGUUUAAUGAACAUAAAAUUACAUUUUUCUAAGGCGAU